AUGAGUGGUCGUCAAGGAGGAAAGCGUGAGUAGCCGACUGUGCUGACAUGUGGGCGUGGGGGGGGGGGGCAGCUAGACGAGCUCAGCCAAGCCUCUUGCUGGGAGCUGCUUUGCCAUCCGCCCUCGAAGCUGACGCAUGUAACGCCUCUCUUGUGCAGUUAAGCCCCUCAAGCAGGGUAAGAAGCAGGCCAAGGAGCUGGACGAGGACGUGAGUAGGCAAAAAAGGUGGGACCAAACAGCAGCAUUCGUCUGUCUUUUCAGGUCUGGGCCCAGAUGUAACACUCAGAUUGCGUGCCCAACGAUUUCCCAAGCGCAAAUCUUUCGCCCACAUCUUUGCACCCUGACGCGUUCCGCCACCCUCUUUUUGCGCUCACCAGGAUUUGGCAUUCCAAAAGAAGCAAAAGGAGGAAGCAGCAGCUCGCAAAGCGGCCGCAGAUGCUCUCAAGAAGAAAAAGUAG